GGGAUUACAACAUGGCAGCCACCUGUAAGGUGCGAACGCAAGUUGCGUUUAUUUUAUUAUUUUUAUCUAUUUCACAUGUAUUUACGUCAAAAAUAUCAGAUGCAAGAUUAUGUGCAGACAGAGAUUGUCAAGAAACCAUCAGUAAAGCUCAAGCUUUAGCUAACCAUAAUUCCAAUGAUCCUAUGUAUUUAUCAUUCCGAAGAGGUGAUGUUAUACUAAUCAAAAGCAAGUCAGCUGGUAAUCGUCCAGAUUUAUGGAGUGGAGAGCUAAAUGGAAUCCGAGGAUAUUUUCCAUAUGCAUUUGUUCGUGAAUUUGAAGUCAUGCACAGAAAAUUGGACUAUGAAACAGGUACAGAGAAACAUUAUACACCAGGUGAACUAGCUUUACAAAAAGGUGGACAGAAGGCAGCAGAUGAUGAGGAGGAGAAUGAAGAAGAUGAUAAUGAAACAGACGAAAAUACUGAAGAAAUACAAGAAAAACAGAACCAAAAAGUCCCAGAAUCUGUUGAAAAUACUAAGCAAGAAGAAAAGGUGACCCAGGAAAAUGUAGAAGUAAAAGAGAGUGCUGUACCAGAAGAUAAAACUGUUCAAGAAAAUGUAGUUCCUGCAACUGAAAAUGUAGUAAAUAUGAAAGUAGAAAAUAUUGAUAAAGAUGAAACCGAAGUUUCAGAUGAACCAGAUGAUAAUAUUCCACUACAGACAAAUACAGAAGUCAAAGAAAUUUUAGUACCACAGGCAGAGGACCGCCAACAGAAAGAUGAGACAGAAUUGGACGAAACCGAAGUUGAUGAAACCGAAGUUAAAGAAGAAGUUGUAGAAAAACCAGUAGUUGAUGCUCAUGCACCAUCAUCAGCAGAUAAACCUGCUGUUCAACAACAAGCCCAGGUACCUGAACAACAACAAGUGAAAGAAACAGAAGUAGCAGAUACUAAAGAUGAUACCGAGAUUGAUGAAACAGAAAUACCAGAUGAAGAACCUACAGGUGAUACAGUAGAAGAUGAUAGUGGAUGGUCAUUAAGUAAACAAGAAACAGUUGGAAAUAAUAAAGCCCAGCCUAGAGAUAUAAUUGAUGAAGCGUUUUUUCAUCUUGAUGAUGUAUCAUCACACAAUGUGGGAAAAGAAUCCGUAGAAGAUUUGAAUAAAUAUUUAAAGAAUACAUUUUCUGGUGGAAAAGUUGAAGAAACUAAAGAAGACCCACCACAGCAACAGCCUCCAAAUCCUGAACAAAAAGAAAAAUCUCCCACAGAACAGCCUGCUCAAUUAGACACCAAACAAGAAAUCAAUAGUAAUUUUCAUGAAAAUAAAGCAACUGAAGAUAUAGCACAGGAAAAAAUCGCACAGAAAGAGACUCAUAAGGAAGUUGAUGAAACUGUUGAAGAAACAGAUCUGGAUGAAGAAAGAGAUGAUAUGGAUGAAAGAUUUGAUGAGGAUGAGGAUUCUACUGAAAUAGCUGAUGAUGAUGAUGAAGAAGUCCAGGAAGAAACAGUUAAAGAUGAUCUGUACUUCAAGGGUAAAGACAAACCAUCUCAAGCUACAAAUCAGAAACAACCAACUGAACAACAAGAAGUAACCCCAGCUGCUAACCAGGCUCAGGUUAACCAAUUCUCCCAAGAAACUGAUAAGGUCCUCUCUGAACAACCCCCAUUUGGUAAAAAACCUGUAUUGCCAACACCAGACGAGCUGCUACAACAAGCAGUAGCUGCACAAAAACAGGCACAAGCUAAACCUAAACCAGAAGAAGCUGAGAAACCUGUCCAUAAGACUGAAACACUGGUUAAUAUAGACAAACCUAGAGCUGAAAAUGGUCCUCCCACAGAAACUAAUACUGUGAUAGAUAUUACUCCACCUCAAAAUACGAUUACAAUUCAAAAAGUACCAACUGAAUCAUCUGCACCAGCUCAUCAAUCUGUUGUUAACGCACCUCAUGAACCCCUUCAAGCUGCUACCCCUCAAAAUAAGCAAAGUGUUAAUGUAGAACCGUUGAUUCAAGCCACACCAGUUAGUGUCCAACAACUAUCUACUGAAGUGCUCCAUUCUAAAAAUCAAGAUGAAACUUCACAAAUAGUUAUUGAUGGUACUACAAUAAAUCUGAAUGAUGAUUAUGAUAAUACACUUCUGUAUUCUUCCAGUAAUUUAGGGUUUUCUAACAGUAUCCAACAAGAAUCUCCAGUCUUUGCUAAAACUGAAGAACUUGGUCACCCAUCACAUAAAGUGGAAGCUGUAGUCAGCAGUCAGACAAUAGAAAAGCCUGUUACAGAAAGUGUUGGGAUUCCUGCAGAAGGUGUUGUUAAUCUUGCAGAAACCGCAGGACUCUCAGAGUCCUCUGUGGUUAUAGAAGAUGCCCCACUAGAAGAACCAGUUGCUAAUUUAACAGAACCUGUUCAAGAACAGCCAAACAUUCCCCUUGAGCCAGAAAUUUUAUCUAGUACAUACCAAAGUGAUGAUUAUUUAUCAAGGAAACCAUUAGCUGUAAAUAAUGGACAGAAUACUCGAACACCUCAAGUAACACAUCAUGAUGAACCUGUUGUCACUGAGACUCCACAAACACCUGAAGCAACUACAGAUGGUCAUGUUGCUGAAGAGGAAGGUACAACUCUCCCAACAGUAGUCGGUGAACUUGUCCCACCUCCCAUAGAAGAACCAGAAACAACACAACCACAAGAAGAAGUAACUAAACCACGAGAAAAAUAUGAUGGAGAGGAUGUUUAUUCUUAUGAAGAUUUUCCAUCACCAUCAGACACAUCAGACAGUUUUGCUGAUGUUCCUAAAGAAGAAGAAAUAACUUCAGACACAGAUCCAUAUAAAACUGAUUCUGUUUCUAGUAGAAAGAUCACAGAUGAAAAUUUAGAGGACGAUUCAUUUGGUUCUCCUGUUAAACGAAAUGGUUUUGCUGACCGUAUCACUCGACCUAUUAUAGCAUUGAUGCCAGCCAGUCUACAAAGUUUUCUAGAAAAAGAACCAUUAGGAAUGUCACCAGCUUUAAUGGUGAUCAUGACGAUAUCAUCUAUUGUAUUACUGAUAGUUACUACAUGUUGUUCUAGCAGUGGUGUUGUGACUGGAAAGAAGGUAGCAAAAGCAGUAGUAGUGGUAAAAAAUCUAGAAGACAAACUCUUCAUUGCUACAAAAGAGAAAGAAAGUUUGGAAGAUGCUCUUGAAGAAGCCCAGAAAGAAAUAAAGAAAUAUGAGAAACAGUUAUCUUCACAACAAUCUGUAUCUGGUAAAUCUAAAGCGAAUAUACAAAAUUUACAGUUUCAUAAUGAUGCUUUAAAACAGCAAGUGAACAGUUUACAGAAACAGAUAGAUGAAUAUGAGUUUGAAGUUAAAGAAACUAAAGGUUCUUCUCUAGAUAAAGAUAAACGGGUGAAAGAAUUAGAGAAACAAGUACAUAAACUAGAGGAGAGAGCUAAAAAAGCUGAAAAAAAUCUAGAAAAGAAAACACAAGAGAUGCAGGAUAAUAUAGAAGAAGUAGCCACGAAAACAUCUCAGAUGAAAAGUUUAUCUGAUCAAGUUCAACAUCUAGAAACUAGAAAACAACAAUUAUUAUCAGAAGCUGCUGACUGGAAAGAAAAAGUUGAUGAUUUAAAUGAAAGACUGAGUCAAACAGAAGAAGAAUUUAAACAAAUGCAAGAAACUGUGGCGUUUAAAGAUAGAGAAUUUGAAGUGUUAAGAGAAUGUUUUGUACAAUUGAAAGCUUUUGAAAAUGAAAAAGAAAUGGAAGAAGAACCAUCAGAUGAAAGUGGUGCUGUACAUGAUAAACUACAGACAAUGAUUGAUGUAGCUAAAGUUAAUGCUUCAUUACGAACUGUACAGGAAGAUAGAGAUACAUUAGAAAAUAAACUACAGAUUGAAACAGAGGCUAGACAGGAAGUAGAAGAACAGUUAGAUAAAUUAAGACGUGAAAUGGAAUCAUUCCAAGCAGAUAAAAUGAAAGCAGAAAGACAGUUCCAAGAAUCUCAAACUAAAUUAAAUGUUUUAUCAAACUAUUUUAAAGAAAAAGAAAUGCAGCUUCAGAAAGAAUUAGGUGAACAAGAAGUAUUAAAGAAACAGAAUAUAAAUAAACUAGUUAAUGCUGAUGAAAAAUCUAAACAAACAGAAGAAGAAAGAGCUAUGUAUAAACAGCAAGUAGAAAGUUUAAAACGAGAAUUAGAAGCUGCUGAUAGAGAUUUUAGGGCACAGAUAGCAGCAAAUGAACAGAAGGCUCAUGAAAAUUGGUUAGCAGCUAGAGCGGCAGAAAGAGAAUUAAAAGAAUCACGACAUCAGAAUACAACUUUACGUCAGCGAUUAACAGAAUUAACUAGAAAACCUGGCCCCGAAGGUUUAAUACGACCAUUACCUACUAGAGGCAUGCCACCACCAGGUAUGAUGAAUGGUCCACCAAUGCACUUACCUCCUGGUAUGGAUCGACCUCCAGUAGAAAGGUCCCCAUCUAGAGGUUCAAUUCCACCUCAUCACCCUCCAAGGGAUGAAUUUUAUGGUUCCCCACAUGAAAGAUUACCUCAUCCAGACAGACGUCUUCCACCAGGACCACGUUUACCUCCACCACAUAAUGGUAGAUCACCACCACCCUUUGAUAGAAGACCACCCCCUCCUCAUUUAGAUAGAAGAACUCCUCCAUACAGACCACCACAUCCUGAUAUGAUGCCUCCAUUUAGAGGUCCACCACCUCCACGAGACGGUCCCACAUCACCCCUUCCUUUAGGUCCCCCAGGGUAUGAUCCUAGAUUAGGUCCAAGAGCUUCAUCACCAUAUAUGCGCCCACCUCCACCUGGUAGAGAGAAAACUCCUAGACAACAAAGUCAAGUGUGAUAUAAUAACAAUAACUUAUAGAGAAAUAUAUAUAAGAUACAUAGGGCAGUUUGCAAUAAACUUGUUGACAUGUAUGUAUUAUGUUAUGAUAAAAAAAAGGGUAGAAAUCGGCCAAAAUACAUGAUGCCGCUGCCUCGUGUGAACAAAACAGUGAAAUGUGGACAAAACAAGCCCAAAACCUCCCUUACGGAUAGUCAUAAUAAAUUUCUGUCUCUAAAAAGCCAUACUUUAUGUUAGAUAUAAUAUAAGAUUAGGUGGUGGGAUUUAUUCUUUUCAAAAUGGAGAAUAGUGGAAAAAAAAUCUAAAUUGUGAAAUAUAUCUAAAAUUGCGAAAAAAAAAUAAUCUAAAAUUGCAAAAUAAAUCGAAAGUUGUAAAUAGUUUUGCUGAAGAUGUAGUCAGAUGAUUUCUGAAAUAGAUCAGUAGAAAUUUUUACGCAAUUUUAAUUAAUUUGACCUAAAGGUGUGCCAUGAUAGUUAAUGGACGUGUUUUAAUAAAAUUGUAAUAAUAGCACUAUAUAUUGAUAUAUUUGAUCCCCUAUAAUCUAAAGGCCACAUUUCAUCUAUGUACAUACUGUUUAUAUAAUUUAUUUUGCUGGUGGUGUGAACUAGUAUCAUGAAUAUAGUUGUAUCAAAUUGUCCAGUCUAUAUUGUCAUGUCAUUGAUUAGUCUUGAAAGAAAUGUGAUUUAUGAAUUAUUGUCUCAGUUUUAUCAAGGAAAUAAAUAUGUUUAUAGAAAGUAUAAAAUCAUCAAGAGAUAGUACUUGUGUAUUAAGAUAUUGUUCAUUGUACUUUUAGUGUUUAUUUUCUAUUAUAUUUCAUCUUGGCUUAACCCCAGUUUCUAACUUUAUAAUUACUAUAUCAUCUGGUCCAUAUUAUCAUGUCUGAGUCUGACAACUGGUAUUCAAUAGCAGUGUAGGCUGAUUGGUUGGUUGGUAGAAGAUGGGCCGGUCAGAAAGAAGUACAAUAUUUAGUCAUAUGGAAUCAUAGACUGUAGAUUGAGGCCUAUUAACUUAAAAUGACUGUUUUAUGAAUCAACAUUUGUUUCAGUCGGUUAAAGGGAUUUAACUCUUUGUGAAUAUAGAUUUUGGGUUAAAACCAAAAUAAUCUUCAUUCAUCCAUUUUUUGCCUUUUAUUAUCUUUUUCUGUAUGUGUUAUUAAUAUGAGUUACAUUUUAUUUAUGAGAAUAAUUGUAUGGUUUAGAUCAUUAGAUUUUAAGUUGCCAUACCUGGUAUGACAUACCAUGAUAAAGUUAGUCAUUGCUUGUAUAAACUGCCUUAAUUAAGAUCUCUUUGCCUAAAUAAGUAAAAAGAAAAUGUAAAAAUUAUGAUUCUCUUGCUUUAUUUUAAUGUGUCUGUGAUACAAGUUUGGCGCGAUCAUUAUAAAUGGUAUUCUGUCUACAACGAUAUAUAUAACAUAGAAAACUUAAUUAGAAUGAAAAUCCUCUAAUAUGUUUAGUUUAAAUAAAUACAUGUGUGUUCUGUGCCUGUGAAGUUCUAGGAAUAUGUAAUACAUCUGUAUGUCCAUCAAAGUAUUGCCAACAUGAACUAUUCCAAGUUGUUAUAUGGUAAAUCAAUUAAUGCCAAUAAAUAAAACUAGUCACCAUAAACAGAUUAACAGUGGCAGCAUGUGCUCCAAUUAUCCGACAGAAUUUCAAAAAUCCAAGCGCAAUGAGCCAAUUUCCCCACCCCCCCCAUGAUUGAUGAUAGGAUGCAAAUAUUGUGUUGAUUGUUUUCCUUUUCCAAGACAAACUCCCCUCCCCUUCCAUUCCCUAGCGCUGCCACUGGAUUAAUGUAAAUAUAGAUGUAAGAUAUAUAUAUAUAGAUAAUUAUGUAAAUGAGAUAUAUAUAUAUUAUUGCAUGUACAUAUAAAAAUUUGUACAAAUCAGCUUUAUGUAUAUGUAGUUGUUUUAAUUGUCUAGUCUAGGUGUGAUUGUUUUACUAGGUGAAUGGUUAUAUACUGUUUGAUCAUACCUAUCACUACAAGUUGGAUAUGGUGUAGUUGCCCUGUUUUAGCAGGAUUUUCUGUAUUUAAACAGGCAUUAUGUAAGAGCUAAAUCUUCCUAUUGCAGGUAAAUGUUAUAUAAAUUAUUAAUUAGACAUUUAUUAACAUGACAAGACCAUAAUCAUCUCUCAAUGCCAUUGGAUGGCCCCGAUUUUAAGUAGAUUAGAACGGUUUGGCUAUUUAAUGAUUUAAUAUAAAAAUGGAGAAGUGAGGAUAAGACUUGAAUGACCAAUACAAUGGUUACAAUCAAUGCACACAUUUUGUCAAAACAGCAAUUGAUUACUUUGCUCAAAAUAAAGUUAUUUGACUGAAAAUUUCAAUAUAUUCAUUUUGCAAUAUUCUUUAAAUAUUAUAGCAGAACUGCCAGCUCUUUCUCUAAAUCUUACAUAAUGCCCCUUUAAUGUUUAGUUUCAAACCAUUGCUGGCAAAUUGUUAACAUUUGUUGAGAAUCAAAAAAAUAAUGGUUUCCUACUGUCGCGUACAGAGUAAUCAACAAUACCACUUGGGAAAAGUAAAUAGUUGUAAACCGACACUUAUUUUAACAGUUUGCCAACAGUGGUUUGAAACUACAUUAAAUACAAAAACUCCUGCUAAAACAGCACAACAGAAUAACCAGUUGUAGCGUAUGUUUCUUUAUAUAAGCUGGAUGUUAACAGCAUUUUAUUCUGGUAGAAGUGAACUUUUAUCUAUCAAUGAUGAAUGAAAAAGUAAUCAAUUGAAAUUUAUAUCUGUUAAUUGUUAAUGAACUGUUUUCUUUUUUUUUCUUUCUUUAGUUUUAAUUUGAAUUUUUUUAUAUUUUAAUCAGUUUUCAGGCAUAAAUUAUAUUCACAAAAUAACUCCUAGUUUAUUUUUAAACAUUUUUCUAUUAUUUAUGAAAUAUGUCAGUUAUUCUUUUUUAUUUUCUAUCUUGAGUUAUUUUUUGUCCAUUUAGAUGUACCUGUUUUUUUUUAUAUCUGAAGAUAUUUUCCGUUUUCAUUCCAUGAUAUAUUUGAAAUGAAUACAGCCAUGUUCAUUGGUAUUGUAGUCUACGGUCCUGUACAAGACUGGGAAUGUCACAGACACUCUCAGGAACCAAUUUUAGGCUUCAUCAAGCGCUAUUCCUCGGGUGUAUGUUAUUUUGUCUGUCAUAGAUUUCUCUCUUUUCUGUGUUUUAAUGUAAUUAAAACAUCUCCGCCAUAAAGUCAAAAUGUCAGAUACUAGUUUAUUACUAAUACUAGAGCCUGACAGUUAGUCAGGUUACUCAGGUACGUCUAAAAUUAUUAUUUACAGGUCGUCAGGAAUUAAUUGAGUUUUUUAAAAAAAAUUAAUCAUGUAUGCAAUCAAAUGAUCAAAACCUAGUUUAAAUUUAGGAUUUAGAGUAUGAAUUAAUUAGACAUGAAAUUUAGGAUUUAGAGUAUGAAUUAAUUAGACAUGAAAUUUAGAACAUUAGAAGCUAUAAGAUCUUUUAGUUAAAAAAAUAUGUAUAUAACUCAAAUGUUGAAUUGCUCAGCAAUAAUUGCUAAGUCCCAGUAAUUUUAUUUACUGUGUAUUAAGAGAUAUGCAGUAUGAUAUUUACAAUGUUGACUAGAUAUAUGUUUUAAAGGUAACUGUUAUUUAUGAGAUAUAUGUUUUAUGAAUGUGUAAGAUUUAAAUCUACUUAUUCUGUAUUUGUAAACUGUUAUAGGUUUAAUCAGAGUUUAUUGACAUUGUAAACAAAUAGCUUGCAGAUGCUUCAUUUGAUCAGAUCUUUGUAGUUUUUAUGGACAACAAUUUAGAACAGAAAAGGUUUUAAAAAAAAUGGUCUUUGAAAUUUUAUUACAGCUGAUAAUAGUCUAGUUGAAUCAAAUAAAUCAAACUAAUAGGGAAGUGAAAAUCUAUUUCAUCCAAUUACUGUGUUUGCUUGACAUGUAUGACCUCAUAGAACACUCUGCUUAGACCUAAUCCAUGUUUUGAAAUACAGCUUUAUCUGUAUGACUAUGAUUGUAAAUUGUAUAUAUCAUGUUAUUAAAUAAAUUAUAUAUAGUU